AUGAUUUAUAAAAUAAUCAAUAAAUUUAGUGUCUAUAUUGAUCCAUCCAAAUUUCCUAAUGGAGACUUGUUAAGUAUCUACAAAUCAACUGAAGGAAGAAACAUCAAACUUUUCAAUGCAUUUUACUUAGGACUGAUUGGAUAUAAUGCAUAUUCUUAUAUGCAAGACAAAGAAAAUUCAUAAUAUGCAUUAAAUGAUUUGACUGCUGCUUCCUAUAGGUCUGGAAUGGAAAAUUCGAUAAUCAUGAUGGCAGUUCUUGGCAUAGGAAUGGUAUUUUUUUAUUGGAAAACAAAUAAAACUCUUUUUAAUUUGUGGUUGUCACCGAAUGGAAAAUCAAUCGUGAUGGAUUCAUAUUCACUCUUUGGAUUGAAUAGUAGAACAUUCUCCAUUGAUAUUGAACAUUUUAGAGGCUUUGCCUAUUUCAUUCAUCCUUCAUUGAGAAUACCGAUGUUCAAGUACAAAUUAGGUAGUACCACCAAAACCAUGUUUUUCAAACAUCAAUAUGUCUUGGAUGAAUAAAUUAUGAAAAGUGUUUUAUAGGGGCAAGAUAUUCUAGUAAGGCCGAAAGGAAUGGAGAAGGAAUUAUCAAGCAAUUAAAAAAAAAAAUACAAUCUAUGA